CUAACAUCCCUGGGCGUUGGGCAGAGUCAGCUGCUAGCGAGGCGAGACCUCGUAGCGCCUCGCGCGCGCCGGGAGUCAAAUGGGCCCGCGACUGUGUUAGUGUACAGGCCACGCCCGGGCGCGGUGCAGAAAUUUCCGCGAGACUUUUGAAUUCCACUCGAUGAGCCUCGAGCACGUUUGUUCGGCUUCCGGGGACAGGCCAGGGCAUGUUCAUCCAAAGGCGCGAAGAAAUUUAAAUGCCUUGUUUUGAGAUUAGCUACGAGUGUUUUUGCUGCAGCGACGAGAGAAAUAAUUCAUGGCGAGGCUCUCGCUGAACCCGAAGGACCUGGAGUCCUCGCUGUGGCCAGUGCGUGUCCUUCUGGCGGCUGCAGGACUCUUGCCGGCCGGUGGCGCCGCGCAUGCGCUGUACAACGCAGCCGUCGCCCUGGCUGUCGCGGCGACCGGCGCCACGCACCUCAUCGUCAGCUUGCGACAAGUCCAGACUCUGCUGAACAUCUGGUACGGGGUGGGCACCGCGGCCGUCUACUGCUCUGUGUCGGGGUACUUCUACAACAACCUGUUCAGGAAGGAGGAGAGCAGGCGGCAGGUACUUGCGAGGCUCGUCGAAGCAGACAGAGCACUCGUGACACACCUGCAGGGAUCGCACCGAAGAGCAACUAUCCUACAGCUAGUUCUCAUAGCUUGCUUUUCCGCCACCACCAUCGCACUAACGUACUAUGCUUACGUCAAUGUCUGGUACGGACAACCCACGGUUAUUUUCUUUUGGGUUCUCGCGUGCGUUCCCUUGAUAAUCUCCUUGAUAGUGACCACGAACCUAAUCACUGUGGUGAUCGUCCUGAGCCAACGGUUCAAAGCUAUAAACGUUUCAAUGAGCGAGAUGUUGGAGUAUGCUUCUGACAACUUGGCGGCGAGCCCGGUUUUUCGGAGCAACUCGGAUAGCGUUCGCCUGACGGGUACAUAUUGGAGCACGGGAGUGUGUUCGUUGCAGCUGAAGAUCAUUCAGCUGAUGGAAUUGCACGGCAAACUGUCCGAUAUUGUGGAAUCAAUAAACUCACUGUACGGUCUACCGAUCAUGCUGGAUGUCAUUGCAACUUUCAUCUCCAUCGUCACAUCUCUGUACUACAGCUUUCCGCGUGGCGUCGAUGGUUACCAACACGAUUUGCAGUUUCAUACCUCCGUCGCUUCAGUGACCAGGAGCCUAUUACAUUUUUCCAAACUGGCCUUGCUGAUAUCUUCGUGCGAGCUUGCCACUUACGAAGCCAGCAAGACAGUGAAGCUAGUCCAGAAGCUGAAACUGCUGAGCAUUAUUGAUGCAGACACGAGAAACACGGCGAGGGUGCUAAUCAUAGAUGCAACGCUACCGUUAGUAAAGUUUUCAGGUUUUGGUUUCUUUUCUCUAGAUUUUCAUUUCUUAGGUGCUUUUGUUUCAGCCGUCACUACUUAUUUAGUAAUAAUUUUUCAGUUCGGUUAAAAUUAAAUUGUUCCUUUUUUUCGCUGUCUUCAUUAAUCGAUUGAUAUUAGAUCACAGAUUUCCAGGUUAUUCAUGUUAGACUUGAUUGUAUAGGUUAUAAAAUUUAAAAUUACAAUGUUUUAUUAACCACAUG